AUGGAGUUCGACGAGUAUGAGUACCUGGAGAAGGCGGUGGAGCCCGCUCCCCCGCCGUCCAAUGGUUCCGGCCAGAAGGACCGAGGCUCGCGCCGACGCGAGAGCGGCGAGGACCGCAUAUCGAAGCGCUCCCGCUCGGGGGAGGACCGCGACCGGGACCGGGACCGCAGCGGCCGGGAGCACCGCGACCGGGAUAGGGAUGACGGGAAGGAAAAGGAGAGGAGCCGCGACAGCCGCGGGAAGGAUAGGGACAGGGAAGGGAGAGAACGGGAGAAGGAGAGGGGGGACAGGCACCGGCUCAGAGAGAGGGAAGUGGAACGGGAGCGGAGGAGCCGGAGCCGCUCGGAGCGGCGCCGUGCCGAGGAAGAGGAGAUGGUGAGGGAGCUGGAGCGGGAGCGCGAGCGCAGCGAGCGACACCUCUAUCGCGGUGACGUCAGGCGUAGGAGAGAUGAUGGGGCAGAGCCAGAAGUUGAUCCAGAAAGGGACCAAAGGACUGUAUUUGCCUUCCAGCUAUCUUUGAAGGCAGACGAAAGAGAUGUUUAUGAGUUUUUCUCAAGGGCUGGGAAGGUUCGUGAUGUUCGUCUUAUCAUGGACCGAAACUCAAGACGUUCUAAAGGAGUUGGGUACAUUGAGUUUUACGAUGUUAUGUCUGUUCCAAUGGCAAUUGCUCUGUCUGGUCAACCGCUGCUUGGACAAGCAGUGAUGGUUAAGCCAUCUGAGGCUGAAAAGAACUUAGUUCAGUCAAAUGCGACAUCAGGUGGUGCGGCUUCAGGUGGAGGAAGAAAGUUGUAUGUUGGCAAUCUUCACUCAAAUAUUACUGAAGACCAAUUGAGACAGGUAUUUGAACCAUUUGGGCAAGUGGAGCUUGUACAGCUUCCUCUAGAUCCAAUGACUGGAUUGUGCAAAGGUUAUGGUUUUAUUCAGUUUGCACGGCUUGAAGAUGCAAAAGCUGCACAGAGCUUGAAUGGGCAGCUUGAUAUCGCCGGCAGAGUUAUUAAGGUGUCAGCUGUUACUGAUCAUAUGGGAGUGCAAGCUAGUGGAGCAACUACUGGAGAUUUAGAUGAUGAUGAAGGUGGAGGCUUGGCACUAAAUGCAAGCUCCAGAGCUGCUCUUAUGCUCAAAUUGGACAGGAGUGGUACUGCAACCAGCUUAACUGGUGGUAUUGGUGCUGCUGGAGUGGCUUUACCAGCUACAUCAGUUAUUGGGGCUCCAGGAGCUGCUUCUCUUCUAUCACCAACAGUUGCUGCUGUUGGAUCAGUUCCUGGAGCACCUGUGCUUCCUGUCACCACUCAGAAUGUGAUCAUGUCUACACCUACAGAAUUCUUGUUGCUUAAAAACAUGUUUGACCCAGCGUUGGAGACGGAUCCUGAUUUUGACUUGGAUAUUAGAGAUGAUGUCCAAGAUGAAUGUUCCAAGUUUGGUGCAGUGAAGCAUAUUUUUGUUGACAAAAAUACUGCAGGCUUUGUGUAUCUGCAGUUCGAUAGUGUGUCUGCAGCAGUGAAGGCCCAACAAGCACUUCAUGGAAGAUGGUUCGCGGGAAAGAUGAUUACAGCGACAUUUAUGUCCGCUCAGGAGUACAGUACGAAGUUCCCAAACUUAUGA